AUGUUGCAUGUCUUUGGUGUCAAUGGCCAAGAGUGGGCGGCUGUUCCAGCGGAAGAGGUUUCGCAUGUGCUCGCGUUGAAACGACGUCUGCAAGGCGCAUGUGGGCUGACCCGAUUCAGGCAGCGACUGCUUCUGGAUGGUACUGUUCUGAAAGACUUCGACUUGCUGACGUCCACGCGGCAUGCUAACCUGCAGCUCGUUCUAUUGCCUGUGGGCUCCCCUACGCCAAAAGAGGUGCGUGCAGUCACCGCGGCUGCUACAAACGGCCUCGCGAGGCCGCUGGAGAAAAUGCUCCAUCAGCCAGUGGACCCGGACCUUUGCUUGACUGGUUCUGGCCCAACACCUCUGUACCUCGCCUGCCGGCGAGGGAGUGCUUCCGCCGUGGAGUUGUUGCUGGAGGCUGGAGCGGACAGGGACAAGGUCUGUACAGACCGGAAAUGGGAGGCCGGCCAGACACCUUUAGGGAUUGCUUGCUGGGGAGGCUACGAGGAGGUCGUGCGCUUGCUGCUGCGCGCCGGUGCAGAGGUGGACAAGAUUUGCACCGCAACUAUUCCCGCAACGCCUUUGGUCGUGGCCUGCUACCACGGCCACACGGAGGUUGCCCGCUUGUUGCUUGAAGCCGGGGCUGACCAGAACCAUUUUUGCCCAGACAACGGCUUGCGUCAACGCCGCGUUCAUUGCCGACGUCAAAUUCACAUGAUGCGCCGGACGGAUAAGCUUUCAGAUUCCACGCCCCUUGCAGCAGCAUCUUGCAACGGCCACCUUCCAGUGGUGAGGGUGCUGCUUGCCUUUCGUGCCGACGCGAACCAGUGCUGUGGAGGCGCUGACUGCCGGAAAACUCCAAUGAGCAUCGCGCAAAGUGCGGGCCAUGGGGAUGUUGCGGAGCUGUUGAAGAUGGCGACGGAUGUUGAGCUGCAAGGCCAAAGGGUCCCCACAGCUGAUUCUAGGCACCUGUAG